AUGAAAGCACUGAAUAUUUUCCCUUUCAAGAGCCCAACUGGUUUUAAAAAACUACCACCUCCUCAGCCCCACUCGCCUCCGAAUUCUGCCGACCGCCACUGCCAAAUCUGCGCAGGAACGUGGAGCGGCCAAAAAUGGCCAGAUCUGACCCCAACCCCGACCACUGGCGAGCUCCCAACACCGUUGGAAACCCACGCACCCCGACCCACCAAACCCGCCUCCUCCUCCUUCCUCGGCUCCCAUGGCUUCUUCUUCACCACCGCCUCUACCUUCCGUUUCUCUCCUAUUCUCCACCGUCUCUCCUAUGUCUUCAACACCUCCUCUCUUAACUUCUCUCGCAUCAACCGUCUUCUCGGCGUCUUCUGUGCCAACCCCAACGCACCCAGAUUCAUUGUUGUUGGUGGCGUCAGGUUCAUCGGCAAUCUUGUCGAUAUCGAGGACCGUUUGGCCGUUGAGAUACACGAUCCCCAGUUAAAUUCCUGGGAAAUCUGUCCUCUUUUGCCUGCUGAUUUCAGAUCCGGAAACUCUUCGUUAUCGCUGUCCUCUGCUUUGUUCGGAGGGAAAUUUUAUGUGCUUGGGAUUUAUUCGUGUUUCAUAUCGUCCUUUGACUUGGAGAAACGUGUCUGGACCUUAGCCCAGACGCUUAGGCCUCCUGGGGUUAUCCUCUCCUUCUUGAUCUCGUGCCAGGACCGGCUUGUUCUUGCUGGAACAUGUAAUUCUUCACUUGGGCCAUCGUUUAAUUUGUGGAGGAUCGAUGAGAGGACCAUGGAGUUCAGCGAGAUUGCGAUUAUGCCUCAGGAUUUGCUUUACAGCUUGUUUGAUAGCGACGAGGAUGAUAAAUUUGCAAGCUUGAAAUGUGUUGGGUUGGGUGAUCUUAUCUAUGUUUUUAACGAAGAGUACCAUAAACAUUAA